CUGGUAGACGCUAUAUCGUGUGAUAGUGGAAUACGUACACAAACAGACCGACUGAAGCUAAACCACGCGGCAAUAGUAGUAAUAUAUAAACUUUAUAUAUAAUACAUAUACUAUUAUAAAGCCUAUAGCCAAUCUGUAUAUCUACUCAUUAUGAGUUCCAUUUGUGUUUACAUAUCGUGUUGAUAAAGCUUUCAAAGUGUCCGACAUUACAGUCAGUUUUUAUUCAGUGUUGUCGUUGAUUCCAGUCAUCUUAGAUAUUCUUAUCGUCUGCUGGUUACAUUCUGUAGGAGACAGGAGUGUUUUUAUUGUCACUGGAAGUAGACAUGCCUAAUUGAUGUCAAUCGAGUAACGACGUUAUUGUAAAAUGACAGGGUUAUAGCUUCGAGUUAAUACAAGGAUCUCUGUUAAAUUGUGUUUUAUUAUUGGCUGUUAGUGUAUUGUGCGAUUCUAACACCAUGUCUACCAUACGUAAAGCCUAUAUGGAGAUAUCAAAUGGUAUUCGGGGGUUGAGACUUCACAGAGAACAGAAUCAUAACGGCGGCAUUUCUGUGAAAGAAACGUUACACAAAGCCACCAAUGGCUCGCCGAAUAGUAGCAGCAAAUUACUACGCUCCCCCAAACCGGGAAUAGUUAAACGGUUACGGAAUAUGAAUGGCAGAGUUGGUUUAGACAAUGUACGAGAUCUCUUCAAUGAUGAACAAUUCCUCACAAAAUUUUUCUUUUAUUUUUCGGCGGAGGAAAGAGGGACGUUAGCACAAGUGUGUAAAAAAUGGAAAAGCUUUUUGUAUCAGUCCAAAUUCUGGGUAGACGUUACUCCAAUCAUAUCAUUCCGCAAUUGGGACAAGGAUCCUAUUGUCCGAAGAAAGUUUUACGAGAGUCUCCAGUAUCGGGGAUUUGAUUCUAUUUGUUUACAAUUGGCCACGGACGAUGAUCUGUUAGAUUUCGUUAGUCACUUUCCACCCAGCAAGAAAAACCUUCGAUCUGUUUCUAUUAGGUGUUCCAAUAUCACCGAUGUCGGUCUGGAAACUUUAUUUAAGAAAAUGCCUUGUAUUUAUCGACUCGAGUUGUCCGGUUGUAACGAAAUAACAGAGACUGGCUUGUGGACAUCGCUGAACGCAAAAAUUGUAUCUUUGAGUAUUAGUGAUUGUAUAAACGUAGCCGACGACACCGUUGGUGCCAUUUCUCAACUUUUACCUUCCUUGUACGAACUUAAUUUACAGGCGUAUCAUGUCACUGACGCUGCUCUGGCAUUUUUCAGUGCUAAACAGAGCUACACUCUUGGAGUCUUAAGGUUAAAAUCGUGCUGGGAAAUCACAAACCAUGGGGUUGUAAAUAUUGUUCAUUCCCUCCCAAAUCUCACCGUCCUUAGCCUCUCAGGAUGUAGUAAAAUCACCGACGAUGGCGUGGAACUGAUCGCCGAAAAUUUACGUAAACUGCGGAUAUUGGAUAUAUCUUGGUGUCCACGGAUUACAGACUCUUCUUUGGAGUACAUAGCAUGUGAUUUGGGACAGUUGGAAGAAUUAGUUUUGGACAGAUGUAACCAUAUCACAGAUAUCGGAAUCGGCUACAUCUCGACGAUGACAUCAUUACAGAGAUUAUAUUUGCGAUGGAGUCAGAUACGAGAUUUUGGAUUACAACAUCUUUAUUCCAUGAGGAGUCUAGUUAUUCUCUCUUUAGCAGGUUGUGUCCACAUAACACCCAAUGGUUUAUAUGGUUUAACCAGACUUUACCAGUUACAGGAACUCGAACUCACCAAUACACCUUCUGCUACUAAAGGUGUUGGACAUUUUCUUCGUGAAAAUUUACCUCGGUGUAUUGUUUUAGAAUAACAUACGACGGUUGAAUGGCUUCAUCUCCACUUUUGAGCCCAUAUAAAACGAGAACAUAUUCUACAAUGGCGCACUUUCGGUAAAAGACAAUUUACUUUGACCAGACCUGUUGUGAUUUACCAAGAUUUUCUUUGGGGCAUUGCGUGAUGAAUAAACAACUGACAUUCUUUUAAAAUAGUUUGUGACAAAUAAACCUUUUUAUGUGUGAUUUUCAAAGACAAAUGGGCGCUGGGCCGCAACCCUUUUUUCAUGUUCAACUUAACAAAUACUCAUAUUCAUUUUCGUAAUUGAUCCUUUGUGUAGAAUACAAAAGCACCAAAACAUCGGAUCAACUCAAGUUCUGUGUUUUAGCGGCAUUUUUUUUAGCUUCAGCUACAACUGUUUUACACUAGGCUUGUUCGAUUUUUUUCGAGUUUUCCCUCCUUUGGUGUCAUUUCUUUCAUUUGGAGUGAGUCUGUAUCACUACAGACAAUGCUAUGGACGCUACACAGUAGUUAUGGCUUAAGUUAAGGCAUAAAAUACACAUUAGUUGGGUUGCGUACAACCACCCAAAACCUAUUAUUUGGGCUGUGUUGAUGUAAUACCGUAAAAAGUUAUCUGAAUUGUACAUUUUCGACCAGUGCUAGAAACUGUUGAGCAAAACUUAAGUUUAGCUAGAAAAAAGGGGCCCAUGUUCUAUAAUAUUGAUUUUGACCAAACAUAUUCCUAAGUUCUUAUUAAAUGUUCUGUGACUUUCAUUCCCCUUAACGUUACUGUUCGAGGCUCAAUCAAACCACUAUAGAUAUAUGAAUAUUAUAUGUGUUAUAUUUAUAUUGUUAGUAUAAAUGUUGUUUAUUAAUUUAUUAUGUUUUACUGAGUUUUAAAGUCAUGUGUGAUAGACAAGUCUAUAGACAAUUACAACCAGGCUAUUUUCAGUAGGUUCUCGAUUAGAUUGUAAAUAUUUAACUUUUUGUGGAGGUUUAGUAGCAUAAUGAAAUGUGAUUUUAGGUUGUAUGCACCUGGCUUAAUUUUUUUCUUUUUGUUGCCUAAACCAUACUUUUUUUUCAAAUAUGCAUUGCUUAAGUUGUACUAUAUUGAAAUAUUCAAGCUGGAAAUCAUACCUUAUGGAAUGUUCUUGCUGAAGUCAUAUUUGACAGGUAUUAAAAUUUUAAGCUACAGUCAUACUUAUGGAAUGUACUAGCUAAAGCUAUACUUUUCUGCUACUGAAAUAUUCCUACCUGAAAUCAUACUUUAUGGAAUGCCCUAGCUGAAGUCAUAUUUUACCGGUAUUGAAAUGUUCAAGCUAAAGUCAUACUUUAUGGAAUGUCCUAUAGCUUAAGUUAUACUUUAUUGUUACUGAUAUAUUCAAGCUAAAUUCAUACUUUACAGCAUUUCCUAGCUUAAGUCAUACUUUAAGGAAUUUCCUAGCUGAAAUCAUACUUUUUGAAAUUUCUUAGCUGUAUGGAAUUUCCUAGCUGAAGUCAUAUUUUACCCCUAUUGAAAUAUUCAAGCUAAAGUCAUGGAAUUUCCUAGCUGAAGUCAUACCGAUAAGUCAUACUUUAUUUAACAUUCAAGCUAAAGUCAUACUUUAUGUAGCAUUCAAGCUAAAGUCAUACUUUAUGUGACAGUCAAGCUUAAGUCAUCCUUUAUGUAGCAUUUAAGCUAAAGUCAUACUUUAUGUAAUAUUAAUAUUCAAGCUAAGGUUAUACUUUAUGGAAUGUUCAAGCUAAGGUCAUACUUAUGUCUUAUGUAAUACUCAAGCUAAAGUCAUACUUUAUUGUAUAGUAAAGCUAAAGUUAUACUUUAUGGAGAUAUUCAAGCUAAUGUCAUACUUUAUGGAGAUAUUUAAGUAAGUCAUACUUUAUGGACAUAUUCAAGCUAAAGUCACACUAAAUUAUUCAGGGCCAAUUCUUGAUUGGGAGGGGGGUGGGGUGGUCGCUACCAUCCUAGGACUUUAGGCAAGGGCCCAAAGUUGUGGACACUCUAGAGGUCACAAUACGAUUUUGAUGAUACUGGCAAUGUAUGUUUAUACCCUGUCACCAUUACACCAUAAUUGCGUCCGAGUUCAAAUGUCGCGAAAAUCGGACCGAAACUGCCCAGCAAAAUGGCCGCUACCCGUAAAAGCAUGCAUUACCCAGGUUGUGGGCCAUCCAGAGGUUAGAAUUUCAUCCAGUUUUGAUAUAUCCCAAAUGUCUGGGUUCCUUUCGAUAUUGGCGCGUAUUGGGCUUUAACUUUCUGAAUUAAUGUCCCUCAUUGUACGAAAUAUCACGUUUUUAGUUUGUGGACUCUCUACAGGUCACCAAUUUUAUCUUAUUUUCAAAACCGUUCAAAUAUAUCACCGUUACAUCAUAGUUAUGGUUGAGUCCGAAUUUCCGAAUCUCCCCUUUACGCAAAUAGUAUAAAAGCAUGUAAUGACAAAGUUGUGGACCAUCUAGAGGUCAGACUUUUUAUCCGAUUUAGAUGAACUUAAAUCGAGUAUCACUAGCUCUUUGAUGAGUUCAGUUUUGGUGCCCAUGUGAAAGAGCUUUAUUGAACGUCCGCGUUGUAUCAUAAGGUUUGUCAUUGAGUCAGCUGGCGUGGUUUCGAUUCCCUGGUUGUACAUGACAAGGAGUAGGGUCGCCCGUCUGCAGCUUCGUGGGUUUUCUCCGGGCCCUCCCACUGCUAAAAACCCCUACGUGCAAGCGGAUAAUUGAAAUAAAAUUUGACCAUAUUUUAGUCCCUAAAUGACCUAGUUUGUGUCGAGUGGACGUUAAACCCCAUCUCUCUCUCUCUCUCUCUGUGUUCGGGAUUUUGAUAAAUAAAUAGCCAAUUGAAUCACAUGAAAGAUGUUUUGUUUAAAAUUUUAAAACUAAAAAUUUUUGAACUUGAAGCUUUUAAACGAUGCAACCAUGUACUUUUGGUUUUUGAAUUAAUCUUUUUCCUGAAGAAAUAAUAAAAAUUUUAACAGGUGUAACAAAAAAUUAAAUUGGUAUGGUCUUCAUUAGUAAUGUAAUUUUUACUUUCUUAUUAUCUGGUAACUAUAAUAAGUGUUUCUAGUCAUAAUCUUUUGUGCUUUAAAUAAUUUUACAACACUGUAUUUUUCUCUUCUUAAACAUAAAAAAAUACUUGCCUUAAGAAACAGGUUAAAGAAAAGUUAACUUAGUCAGUAUGUAAAUAUAUUUUUUCUUAUAAACAUGUAAAAACUAGUCAUAUCAAGUAAUUGUAUUUUUUUGUCAGUAAUGCACCAUAUUUAAAAUGGAAGUUAAUGUGCAUUAAUUAGACUGGUGUACAUAAGAGCAAUAUACGAUAUGAAGAACUACUGAAUAUGAUGUAAAAAACCAUAACUGUAAUGUGAAAAAAAUACCCUGAAGAUGGAAACUUGGAAAUAUUGUUUAUGUUCAUGUAAUUACUUAUUUACAAAUAAAUGAAAAAUAAACAUGUCAAUAGCACUAAUUAAA